AGAACCUGGUCUACUUUAGUAGUGCGGUGUGCGUGCCAAUAUGAAAAGGAGCGUGUUGUAUCAUCUCACUUUUUUUCGCAUCUUUGCCCCACCGAAGUGCGUUUCUGUGGCGUCGUGCUGGUUUGCCGCAUUGCUCUACUGCACCGUGAGGAUCAGUUUCAGUACGAGGAAACCGGAUCAUCCAAGAACUCGUCUUGUGCGUCACCUAUUUCGGACAUCGACGUUGAGAGGCACGCAACAGGAUGCAGCACUGCACACCGACGAAGAUGCACAUGAGAAUGAAUGGCGCAAGAGGUGGAACGCUUUUUCGGAACUCGGUGCCGAGGACGCACAGAGCACGAAGAUCACCCUGUUACCAGUAGUAGAUGCCGCUUUCUCGCAGAAGAACCGGCUUCAGUUGCAGUUGAUGGAUUGCUAUGCGAAACGUCACGGAUAUGGGCUAACGGUUUUGGUUGUGCCCGAAAGCGGGGACGCGUGCAGCAAGCACAAGAACUUUUUCUUUAGGAAGCACUGUGCUGUGGCAAACUUUAUUCAGGACAGUGCGCCGCCCUCGUCGGAUGAACAAGGCACAAAAAAAGAUAAAGAGCGGGAGCAUGGUGCGUGGUGGUUCGUGUUUGAUUCAGAUGUCGCAGUAUCGAACAUGCACCUACCACUGACCGACUGGAUACUGCAACAGAACAACGCUGCUCGUCGCGACAUACAACGAGAGAAAUCUUCACCAGGAAUUGCCCCCGACCUGAUUUUUUACGAGCGAGGUUUCAAUAGUGAAAUCAUGGCAGGCAAUUACGCCGUUCGGAGAACAGAAUUCGCAUUGAAGUUUUUGCGCGAGUGGGCCAGUCAUUCCUUCGAGGAACCGCUGAAACCCUCCUACGACCAGAGCGCAAUUCACAUGGUGCUGCUGGACACGCUUGAAGAGCAAAGGGUGCAACGAGACAGGACGGGUAGAAACGGCUCGACGUCACGCUCAAGCCGAGAAGAUGAACGUGAGCAAGCCCUUGACAUAACCGCGACGCCGACCACGGCCAGAGAAGCCCAUCUGCUUCCGCAAGCCGCUGUUGCGGAGUGUCGGAAAGAGUAUCAGGGUCUUGGCAUACAUGUUGGCAAUAAUUACGGAGACAGUGAAGAAAUAUACAGGAGUUGGCACAAAUAUUAUCGGUUUCUCUCGUGUUGCAAGAAGCUCCUCGGACCGCCACGAGAAUGGCAGACCCCUGUAUUAUUUCCGGACGCGCACCAUGAUGAUGGGAAUCACGACCAGGGGGUGGAGGUCCUCCCCAUGCAGAACGAGUUUGGGCGCAUUCGUGUUCUUCCUCGCUGGCACAGCUGGGUAGUAGACAUGCCGUCAACGAAGCUUCGGUGUAGCGGGUUCCACCCAUUCCAGCACGGAGUCAAGGGGGCUGCGAACUUAAUAAGUUUGUAUCCGCAGUACGCAAAUCGCAUGCACUUUCCACAAACUGCUAAGACUGAACAUGCCACAUCCUUCAGCUGCCCCGUAGCAGUAGAAGAAGUUGACCUGUACCGAAGGGUCUCGGACGGGAAAAGCAAUCAACAGAGGUACGACACGCACCACUACACCACCAGAAGCAGCAGGAACUCUUCGCUAACAUCAUCAGUGGAAGCAGCAGGCUUGCUUGCUACAUUUGUUGGGGCUUUCGUUCGGGUAUCCGAUCUGUUGCGAUUUUGGAUUCUGCGCUUGGGACAAGAUCCGCUGCAGGACGCAAGCCGGUGUGCAGCGCCGUCGCAGCGGUUUGCCGGGCGUUACGAAACUUCGCUGGACGUGUUGCGCGCCGAGGAGAAUUUUGCAGUUGGACGGGAAGAGGGUCUCGCGGUGUGGGGCGCCAGCGCGGUUGCACGGUGGCCCCUUGGGCCGUGUCUAGUGAACUUCACCUGUGGCGUCCUGAAAGCCACUGACGCAUACCCAGUGGUGGAGCCAUUUGUCGAAGGAGUGACGGCGCCGCUGCCCAAACUUCUGGUACCGAGACAAAGCCCGUAAGAGCAAGAACGGGGGAAGAAAAUAAUCUUUCAAUUGUAACUGUAGUAUUCUCCCUGUGGUUCGUGAAGAGAGUCGACGUUUCUCUAGAGAGCUUUCUUUUCCGCGACCGUGAAUCUUAAUGACGGAUCACGACCGCGAACGCGAAGGCACUUCUACGUUUCGUGAGUAAAUGAAGUACAUGGGAGAAUAUCUCCCGUCCAACCUUGAAUUUUAUAGAAUUGGAAGCCCGGAUUGGGAUUGAUUUUUUAUGCCAUUCACCUGGACGUCGUUGAAAAAGCUGCGCCAGGGGCUAGAGCAUUGAAGAGUUUGCACCGGUGAAGCAUUAAUUACUGGUACAGGCAGACUUUUUUACUCUGUGCCGCAGCACUAAUUUCCAACAACCUGCCUUGUGAGGCUCAUGCG